GUUUGAUUUUGACGCGAUUACAAAUCAUCCCAUGGCUUCAACUUAUUGGGCAUCACUGAAUAAUCGGAUAUGUGCGCGGUAUAGAGGCCGCAAAAAUAUUGCAAAAAACCGUUUUGAUGAUUUUGCAGGGAAUGUGGAGGCAGCAAGGGCUCAAGCCCCUAGGGGUAUGGAUCAGCAGCGUUGGAAUGCUGCUAUUGACCAUUUCUUAACAGAAAAACAUCAAAAACGAUCCGCUGGAAACAAAGAAUGCUGGAAGAAGCAAGUAGUGAAGAAUCGUGGAGGGACGUGCAGCUACGGUAGUGCUUGUUUCAAAAAAAAUUUGAAUAGACUUGAAGUAUUUCAUCGUGCGCAUGUAAAUAAAAGAGGGGAAUUUGUUGAUCCAUUGGUUGAAGAGCAAUAUAAUGCCUUAGUUGCUGAGGUUGCUCUACAGACUCAUCACAUAGCCGACUCUGGUGGUGAUCCAGACACCAUUGAUUGGAUCGCAAUAUUUGAGAAGGUGUUGGGUACUCGAAGGGGGCAUGUGAGAGGCAUUGGGCCUAAAGUUUCUUCAACUGCGGGUACAAGUGCUUCAUCCCAAUGGCAGCCACAAUCACAAGCAUCGCAACCAACGCAGGAUGUUGAUGUGAACGCUUUUCUUCAAAACCCGGCAUUUGUGACGGCCAUUGGAGACAUUAUUCGCUCGUUUAAAAACCAAGUCAACGAGGAAAACAACGAUGGGGAGGACGGUGGGGAAGACGAAGACAACUAGUAUUUCUUGUUUUAUGAUAUGGAGGAUGUUACUUUUGAUUUGGAAAAUAGUUUAUGUAUGAUAUAUAUUAAACGUUUGUUUGAGAUUUAUUAGAUAGUUAAUGGAAUAUGGUAUUUUUGAUGUUUUUAUAUA